AUGCACAAGUCGGAAAACGAUAAGCGAGAGUACGACUAUUUUAUUUUAGAUAACAAACUCAAGGUUUGCGUUGUUCAUGAUGCAGAGUGCGACAAAUCGGCCGCCGCCUUAGAUGUGAUUGUAGGGAAUUUAUAUGAUCCUAAAGAAAUACCCGGUUUGGCUCAUUUUUUGGAGCAUAUGUUAUUUUUGGGAACUGAGAAAUAUCCAGAGGAGAACUGCUUCUCUAAGUUUCUAGCUCAAAACGGUGGAAGUUCAAAUGCAUAUACUUCUUCUGAACAUACAAACUAUUACUUUGAUGUUCAGUCCGAGAGUUUUAAAGAGGCCUUAGAGAUAUGGUGCCACUUUUUUAUUUGCCCAUUAUUUAAUCCCACAUCUCAAGACAAAGAAGUGAUUGCCGUUAAUGCGGAACACGAUAAGAAUCUUCAGCAAGAUUUCUGGAGGUUGCAUCAGCUGGACAAAUGGACUUCCAAUCAGGAGCAUCCUUACUCAAACUUUGGAACUGGUAAUAUGGAGACUCUUGGCGUUAUUCCCCGUAAGUUAGGGCUUGUAGUCCGGGAUGAACUAAAGAAGUUUUAUAAAAAAUACUAUUCCGCCAACUUGAUGAGUCUAUGUCUGGUGGGAAAAGAAAGCUUGUCGGAGCUCAAAGAAAUGGCUACCACUCUUUUUUCUGGCGUUAGCAACAAAGAUGUUAUAAAACCAGAGUUGAAGGGUGAGCCUUACCUCCCCGAGCACUUGAAGAAAAUCUACAAAGUAAUUCCUGUCAAAAAACAUCAUACCCUCGAGGUUUGCUUCCUCUUCUGUGACGCCCGAAAGUACUACCGCGAAAAGCCCUCCAUCUACAUUGCGCAUCUCAUUGGGCACGAGGGGCCGGGCAGCCUGCUGGCUCUCCUUAAAAAGAAAGGCUGGGCGACUGGCAUCAAUGCUGGAGAUUGCCAGAGCACUGCCGGCGUUUUCGGGACCUUCCGAGUCUACUUCGACUUGACUGAAGAGGGGCUUGAGAGUUUCGAAGAAAUUGUUGUCGCCUUGUUUCAGUAUUUAAAUCUUCUCAAAAGAGAGCUCCCUCAAGAGUGGAUAUUCCAGGAGUGCAAAAGCCUCGGUGAGAUACAUUUUCGCUUUAAAGACAAAGAGCGGCCGGACUGCUACGCGUCUACCCUAGCGUCCAACAUGCACUAUUACCCGAAGGAGUGUUUAUUGGGCGCUCCAUAUCUAUUUUACGAGUACAAUCCGGAGCUCAUUGUUUCGUGCCUGCGCCUUCUUACUCCGGAAGCUCUGCGAUUGACUGUGGUCUCUCCGCUCUUCCAAGGCCACACCACAGAAAUAGAAAGCAUAUACGGGACCCAGUACUCAUCGGAGGAUAUAGAUCCGGAGCUGCUAGUGCUGCUUAGCACUGAUAGUCCGAACGAAGAGCUCUUCCUACCGAGUAGAAACAACUUUAUACCCACUAAUUUCGAGAUCGUUCCCCUCGACAACCAGCAUGAGCAUCCCGUGCUGGUUUCAAGUGAAGGGAACUCGCAGCUCUGGUUUAAGCAAGACGAUAAGUUUUUCCUUCCGAAGGCUAUAGUUUUGGCCGGAAUCACGAGUAAGGCCGCCUAUCUAAACCCGACGGAAGCCGUAUUAAGUCAUCUAUUCGUGGAAAUCCUAAAGGAUAACCUUGCGGAGUAUGCCUACGAUGCUUUGCUCGCUGGUGUCUAUUACCACUUGGAAAACACCACUUCUGGCCUCUCUCUCAAUGUUCAGGGAUACAACCACAAGCUUAAGGAGUUGCUUGAAAAAGUCAUAGGCGCAAUGAAAGACUUCAGAGUCGAACAUGAGCGGUUCGGACCCAUUCGAAGCAAGUUGAAAAGGCGCUUCGAGAACUUUGCAGCUGAGCAGGGCUACUCGCACUGCAUAUACAACAUGCACUACGUAUGCAGCGAGCGUCUGUGGACCCACGAACAUAAGUUGGCGGUCAUCGAAGACAUAACCGUCGAGCAGGUGGAGGCAUUUGUCCGCAACUCACUACUAAAGCGGGUCCACACCCGAGUGUUCAUUCACGGCAAUUACUCGAUAAAGGGCGCUAAGGAUGUCUUCCAGGCGUUUGAACCUCUUGUCCACCCAAAAGUGCAUAUUCCUCUCGAAGAGUAUGCUCUGCUGCGCCACAUUAAAUAUACUUCGGGAAAGCGCUUUGUCUAUCGCAUAAACGAAACAGUCAAUGCGUAUAGUGCCAUUGAAAACUACUACGUGGUCGGUCCGUUGGAAACGCGUGCAAGCGUGCUGCUGGAGCUACUUAGCCAAUUUACACAGGAAAAUUUCUUCCACCAACUGCGCACCAAUGAGCAGCUGGGCUACAUAGUCCACGCCACCUCCGUGCUGCAGCCAAGUGGCAUAUUAGGGAUGAGAUUUGUAGUCCAAAGCGAAAAACCGCCGUACUACCUGCAGAGCCGCGUUGACAAUUUCCUGCGACAUACAAAAGAGGAGCUGGAAUCAUUAACAGCGGAGGAGUUUCAAAAGGGCGUGGAUACUUUAACUAAAAUGAAAAUGGAAAAGUUUAAGAACUUAAACCAAGAAGCAUCACUCUAUUGGCUGGAAAUUAUUGGUGACCACUACGAAUUUGAUAAAGCGGAAAGGGACAUUGAAGAACUAAAAAAGAUUUCAAAAUGCGAUCUUAUAAAGUUUUAUGAGGAAAAAGUUCACCCAGACGCGGUAUCAGGCUGCUCAAUCAGCGUGUGGAGCCACUCUUGUACGGCGCCCUUCGACUCAGUGUCAGUGCCGGACGAAUGGAAACAGGAUAACGUAGUCUAUAUCGAGGAUGUGCCCGAGUUCAAGAAAAACUACGGCCUUUUUGAACGUCCCAAGUCCUACUCCUUUGUUGCAUUGGAGCGGCAGUAAAACUUAUUUUUUCAUACGCACCAGCUCGUCUCCUUUUAUUAGCAAUAAAGUU